AUGGCUCACACUUUGGGCUCAGACAUUCAGGGCCAGACACGUGGAGUAGGACCUCAACACUGUGUCACACGGGUGGAGCUUUCUGUUACUGCUGCCAAUCUUCUGGACCGCGAUGUAGCCUCCAAGUCAGACCCGUUUUGUGUUCUGUUCCAUGAAGUGGAUGGCAACUGGGUGGAGCUUGGCCGGACUGAAACAGCUGUUAAUAACUUGAACCCAGUUUUUGGAGUGAAGUUCCAGGUGGACUACCACUUUGAAGAGAUUCAGAAGCUUCGCUUUGCCAUGUUUGAUGAAGACAAGUGUGCCACACAGCUCUAUGAGCAUGAUUUCUUGGGAGAAUACGUUUGCACACUUGGAGUGAUUGUGUCCAAUAAGAAACUUCACCGCCCAUUGAUUUUGGCCAACGGGAAGCCUGCUGGUAAAGGAUCCAUUACUAUUACUGCCCAGGAGCUGUCUGACAACAGAAUCAUCACAUUGACACUGAGUGGACGUAAACUGGACAAGAAGGAUUUUUUUGGGAAGUCAGACCCAUAUCUGGAAUUUCACAAGCAAGGAGAAGAUGACAAAUGGAUGCUGGUGCACAGGACAGAGGUCAUAAAGAACACUUUAGACCCCUCAUGGAAACAAUUUACUGUGCCUCUUGUUUCUCUCUGUAAUGGAGAUGUGGACAGAAACAUCAAGGUUUUGUGUUUUGACUAUGAUAAUGAUGGCGGCCAUGAUUUUAUUGGAGAAUUCCAAACAACAGUAGCCAAGAUGAGCGAGGCUCAGAAUUCCGUUGAGGUGGAAUUUGAAUGCAUCAACCCAAAGAAACAAAAGAAGAAAAAGAAUUAUAAAAAUUCUGGAGUUAUUAUCCUCAAAUCAUGUAAGAUUACAAGGGACUACACUUUCCUGGAUUACAUACUUGGAGGAUGCCAACUCAUGUUUACUGUUGGUAUCGACUUCACAGCAUCCAACGGGAAUCCUCGAGAGCCUUCUUCCCUCCAUUACAUUAACCCACUGGGAAGCAAUGAGUAUCUUGCUGCGAUUUUAGCUGUCGGACAAAUCAUACAGGACUAUGACACUGACAAAAUGUUUCCUGCUUUGGGAUUUGGAGCCCAACUCCCACCUGACUGGAAGGUGUCACAUGAAUUUGCGAUCAACUUUAACCCCACAAAUCCAUUCUGCUCAGGUGUGGAAGGUAUUGCACAGGCUUACUCAGCCUGUCUCCCCCACAUCCGUUUUUAUGGGCCAACAAACUUUGCUCCUAUUAUAAACCACGUAGCCCGUUUUGCAGCCCAAGCCCUGCAACAAGAAAAAGCGGCGCAGUACUUCACUCUCCUCAUUAUAACAGACGGUGUCAUCAGCGACAUGGAUGAGACACGUCAUUCAAUUGUUCAGGCGUCCAAGCUGCCCAUGUCCAUCAUCAUUAUCGGUGUGGGAAAUGCGGACUUUGCCGCCAUGGAGUUUUUGGAUGGAGACGCCAGUGUGUUGAGGUCCAACACAGGCGAGGAGGCUGUUCGCGACAUUGUCCAGUUUGUCCCCUUUAGAGAUUUUCGUAAUGCGCCAAAGGAGACCCUCGCCAAGUGUGUCCUGGCAGAGCUGCCUCAACAGGUCACUCAGUACUUUAAACAGCGGAAUCUUCCACCCAUCAACCCUGCGCCAGAGUGA